CAAACACGGCAGACCUUGGCGUUUUGGACCCGGCGCUGUAUAAAACUGACUGUCUUGAUGAAGAUCUUAUGUGGCCUGAAGGACACGUGGGCCGAGUGUGGUUCACGUUGAAGUACGAGGCUGGAACCGAAAGGCUACAAGUGCAUAUAAUAAAGGCGAAACAUCUGCCCUCUCGCACUCCAGCGCUUGCCAACGCUUGCGAUCCCUACAUCAAAAUACAACUGAUGCCUGACGAACGAAGAGUGCUACAGACGAAACAAAAGAAGAAAACCUGCAAUCCAUUCUUUGACGAAACAUUUGUUUAUCAG